AAAAUCCAAGUCCAACCCGAAAACAAACCAAAACAAAAAACCAUCGCCGGAAUCCCAACUACUCACUCUCACACUCAUCGGAGAGCUCUCGGCCCCCAAAACUCACCGCUCCGAAGGAGAAUGAGCCUCGCGGCGGAGCACUGAUGUCAUUUCACCUGUCGGAUACGAUUGAUCAGGCAAUUCGUCAGCUCGAAGAAAUCGAAGCACAGCUAAAAACAGCAAUGUCUGGAUCCAAGAAAUUGAUAACUAGGGAGGAGUGGGAGAAGAAGCUUAAUGAUGUGAAAAUCAAGAAAGAGGACAUGAAUAAGUUGGUGAUGAAUUUUUUUGUGACUGAGGGCUAUGUGGAUGCCGCGGAGAAGUUCCGGAAGGAGUCUGGAACUGAACCAGAUAUUGAUCUUGCAACAAUCACGGAACGCAUGGCGGUCAAGAAGGCAGUACAAUGUGGUAAUGUGGAGGAUGCAAUCGAUAAAAUGAACGACUUAAACCCGGAGAUUCUGGACACAAAUCCCCAAUUAUGUUUCCAUCUCCAACAGCAAAGGUUGAUAGAGCUAAUUAGGAAUGGAAAGGUAGAAGAGGCUAUUGAGUUUGCUCAGGAAGAGCUAGCACCAAGAGGGGAAGAAAAUCAAAGUUUUUUAGAGGAGUUGGAGAGGACUGUUGCACUUCUAGCUUUUGAAGAUGUCUCCAACUGUCCUGUUGGAGAGCUUCUGGACAUAUCACAGCGUCUAAAGACAGCUAGUGAAGUGAAUGCUGCCAUCCUCACCAGCCAGAGUCAUGAAAAAGACCCAAAGCUUCCAAGCUUGUUGAAGAUGCUCGUAUGGGCCCAGAACCAGCUCGAUGAGAAAGCUCACUAUCCUCGGAUAAAUGAUCUAUCUACUGCCAAGCUAGAAGACCCUAGUGCCUAAUGUUCCAGGUCCUCCUUUUGUGGAGGUUGUAGGUUUCCAGAUAGGCUUUCAUGGAAUGAUUAAUGAUGCAUGUAUUAUUGCCAAAUGACUCUGCAUUCCUGUUGAAUGUUGCCUCGUUCAGAUCUUCAUUCCCAGUUAGCUUUGUAGUUUGUACAAA